AUUUAAGCUGCACCGCGCGCACCAUGUUUCAACUUCGCCGAGGCCUCUUGCAUGCGACGACCGGUCGCUCCUCGUUCCGCGCGUUCCAUGCGUCGCGAGGCGUCAUGAUGCCUCAGAUUUCGUUCAACUUGGCAGAUAUCGGUGAAGGCAUUGCCGAAGUCGAGGUCUUGCAGUGGUUUGUCAAAGAAGGCGACAAAAUUUCCCAGUUCCAAAACCUCGUCGAGGUGCAGAGCGACAAGGCCACAGUUGAAAUCACAUCGCGCUUUGACGGUGUCGUCACGAAGCUCCAUUAUGACGUCGGUGGUAUGGCAAAGGUCGGCCACCCUUUGGUCGACUUGGACGUGUCUGACGAAGUGGCCGCCGCACACAACGCAGGGUCUGGCCCGAAGAAGUCCGCGGCACCCGGAGCCAAGAAGGUGGAGCAAUUGAAGAAGGCAGUCUCUCCCACGCCCAUCAAGUCGUCUCCUGCUCCUGUGGCCGCGAUUCCUCAAGCGACGACCUCUGCCGUGUCGCUUUCGUCGAUCGUCCGCACAAAGUCGGGCAAGGUGUUGACGACGCCGUCCGUUCGCCGUCUGGCCCGUGAACAUAACAUUGACUUGGAGGACAUUCCCGUGGAAGGAGAUCGCAUCUUGAAGGGGGACAUCCUCAACUACAUCCGCGAACUGUCGGAAGCCAAGUACCAACCUGCCGAGUCGCACGCGUCGGACGUCGAUGUUGCCGCCGCGCCGCCUUCGUCCAAAGCAUCGGUGGAAUUUCUGACCGAAAGCCAAGUCGUGCCCGUGAACCCCAUUCAAAAGAUGAUGGUCAAGGCCAUGAACGCGUCGCUGAAGGUGCCGCACUUUGGGUAUGCGGACGAGAUCGAAAUGGACGCCCUCGACGAGCUGCGCCAGCGCCUCAAAGUCGUCGCUUCCGAGCGUGGCAUCAAGGUCACAUACCUUCCGUUGAUGAUCAAGGCCGCGUCGUUGGCCCUCAAGUAUUACCCCGUCUUGAAUGCCUCCGUGAGCGACUGCGAAGGCUUCAUCACCCUCCACGCCCAGCACAACAUUUCUGUGGCCAUGGAUACCCCCAAGGGUCUUCUCGUGCCUAAUAUUAAGAACGUCGAGUCGAAAUCGAUUCUCGAUAUUGCUCAAGAGCUGGGGCGGUUGCAAGCGCUGGCGUCGGCGGGCAAGUUGGGCCCCAACGACUUGACGGGCGGGACCUUCUCGCUGUCCAACAUUGGAAGCAUCGGCGGCACGUACAUGGGGCCCGUGAUCAUGGUACCCCAGGUCGCCAUCGGCGCCAUCGGCAAGAUCCAGACGCUGCCGCGCUUCAACGCCGCGGGAGCCGUGGUGCCGGUCAAGGUGAUGAACGUGUCGUGGAGCGGCGACCACCGCAUCAUUGACGGCGCGACCAUGGCUCGGUUCUCGACCAAAUGGAAGCACUUUUUGGAAAACCCCACGGCGAUGCUGUCUGAAUUGAAGUAAAACAUCAACCACACAUUGAUAUCUCUCUCUCUUUCGUGUAUAUAUAUAUAUAUAU